AUGAAGGUACCCUGGAACCUAUUGGUCUGGGUCUGCAAUUGGGCGCAGUACCCGGCUCUUCUACUCGGAAUUAAACUUCUGGCGGACCUGCCAAGUGAAGGAUACAGUGGAGAGGAGUCCAGCUAUAAUUUGGAUCGUACUGCAACUCAAUUUCGAACCAAUACCAAAGUGCGCGAGGAAGUGCGUCAAAUAGUCACCAGCGGGCGGGGUGUCGACGCGCUGUUUUCGUGGUUCAGCGGACGAACUGACGCCACCAGGAACUCAAUACAGAUUAUUAAAGUGGGCACGGGGUUAUCUGAAGGACAGCGCGUGUCUGAUGGACAGAAUCUGUCUGAAGGACAGCGCGUGUCUGGCGGGCGGCGCCUUGAUGCGCUACCGGGUGCGUCGGUCCGAGCGGACAAAACCGUGCAUGAUGGCGACGACAGCGGUGUUCAUUCACGGCCCCGUUGGGGCGAAUUUCUGAUAGUGGUCUCACCACCGGGCGGUGACAGCCGCGAUUCAAUCAUUGUGAGUACGGUGUACAGACGUAACCCUUUGGCUACAGGUGAUGGUAAACAAACCUCGGCUGAGCGGACCAUAGCUGAGAGGGCUAUGGGUGAGCUGGGGCUGGUUCCAGAAAUGGUCGAUGUGGCGUUCCAGUUGGCAGGCGUGGAUUGGUUGGCGAAGACAGUGUACUUCCAAUUUACUCCGGACUAUUACUUCAGUCAGGGAGCGAAACGUUUUCUAGACUGGUACUUGUACGACGAGGAUACCGAGCUUUAUUCGGAAGUAACGCGUAAUGGCAUCGUGCGGCAGGCGUUGUGUGUAUUGCCCUUCAACGAACACGUACAACGCUACAGUUCAUUCCCUUGGGUCCACUCGUUCGCCGAGGAGACGUCACGACGUCGGCGAGGAAGCAGUGGGGCGGGGGGUCUGCAGAUCCACACGACGAAGACGGGUCCGAGGAACGCCAAUGUCGACUUCGUCCUCAAAAGUGCCGGUGACCAGGCUUGGCUGGCGCCGCUGCGAACCCAAGUUGCCCGCGAACUCAACGGCUUCGCGCUCCAUCUACCACACACCUACUUCGCCGAAAAACUCAUCGACGCUAUUACCAUCCAACCCUUCAUCAACAAUACCGCUCACCACUGGGACGUCGACCACUCAAACGUCGACCACUAUUGGAACAUGGAGCAGACCCCGCCAGCAAUCCAGGCGGAACUGGAGCAACGCAAAGAUGACCUCAUCCGUCUCUUUGGCGCCCUCCUGCGAGCUAACAACGAAAUGGUCCUCCACUUCCACCACCUCAGCUCCCAACACUGGAUCACCGAAAACCGCAGAGUCGUCACGGCCGCCUCCACUCUACCCGGCGUCAUCUUUCUCGUCGUGGCCCUCAUCUCCUCCGCCUACUCCGAACCCUUCCUCGACCACCUCCCCGCGGCCCACACCUCAGACCAGGACUCAAUCCUAGGUGGCGACCGAACCCACCCAGACGACCGGGGUCAGCACGACGACCGGGGUCAGCAUGACGACCGGGGUCAGCAUGACGACCGGGGUCAGCACCACGACCGGGUUCAAGACCACGACCGGGCUCAAGAUCAUGAGGACGACCGAACUGUUCAUGAGGACGACCGAGCUGUUCAUGAAGACCGGACCUAUCACGGCUACCCGCAGGACGACUCAAGUGUACGGCUGCGCCACCCGGUGGAUAGCUUGGCCUCGGGUAGUUUGGGCUCAGAGACUGACUUGGCUUCGCGUUCACAAGACGGACGGGCAAAGGCUCGGCUUUGGUGGCAGCUGAGUCCAUUGGACCGCGGGUUUUACAAUGAGCCGGUCUGGAAGCCACAGGCCGCACUGGGUCGUGUGCCGGCUGCGUUAAAGCUCUGGGUCGUGGACGCAGCACCGUCCGAUCUCAAGCCGCUCGGAGUCGGCGAGAAUCUCGUGGGUGGCUACGUGACCACGAUGGUUUACGUCGCGGGAUUGACGACGGUGCUGCAUCUCGCAGUCCAGCAAAGAAGUCCUGAUCUA